AUGUGUGUAGACUUGAAUGUAUGGGACAAGAUAAUAAUAGCCUCUGAUAAAAAGGAAGAACUUAGAAAUUUACCAAAAUCCAUACUGAAUCCAAAAGAGAAAGAUUUUCCAAACCAAAUUGAAAAGAGCUCUAAUUGAAUUGAAAAGAAGAAAGAUUUGGAAGAUGGAACGCGACUAACGACCAUGAGCAAACAUAGGAACAUCGAGUCCCAAACGAGAAUGGACACGACGCUUAGCCAUGGCAAAGUACAUGACCUCGCUCACAGUCGGAGUCCCGGACGCCGGCUGCUUGGAAGCCGAGGCCGCCUACCACCGUGAUUCGAGGCCGCCCGUCGCCAUGAUUCGAGGCCGCCUGCCGUCGCGAUUCGAGGCCAUGCGGAAGCAGCAGCACUGCGGCCAUGCUCUUGUCUUUCAUCGAAUGACUCAUGCUGUCGUUAGCUGUGUGGCGGUGGCAGCUAGCUUCCCAGGACCAGGAGGCCAGGACCAUGAUACGGCAAGGAUGCGUGGGUCGUUAGUUUUGCGGCGGCGGCGGCGGCUAGCUUCCUAGGACCAGGAGGCCAGGACCAGGAUGCUUGGCUUCAGUACUCUGAUGGCCCAAUCUCUACAACUAAUACCUUACCUAUCGGCCUACCACUCCCGCUCCGCCCUUCCUCUCGCCCAUCUCGCCCAGCUACGACCAACCACUGCAGCUCUCUUCUACGGUUCCACGCAGCUCCCCCACGCACGUCCUUCCAUGGUAGGUCCCCGCCACCCGCUCGCUGCUGCCCGCUCGCCACCGGACGCACUCUAGGCGCUCGGGGCUGCCCGCUCUCUGCGCGCUGCCGUCGCCGUCGGACGUACGCUAGGCUCACCCACGGCUCGGGUCAGUCUGCUCCAUCGCUCACCCAUGCCCUCACGCCGCUGCACCGCCCUGGAGGGCGCCACCGGUGACCACUCCGCGCCUGCACCGGCACCUCGCCAAGUUGGACACCACUAGAGAUCCCGAAGUCCUCUCCAAUUGUCGAACCGUCGCUGCCCUUCUCGCUCGAGGCACCUCCCGCGCCGUCGUUCUCGCUCCAUCCCAAUCCGUGUCCGUGCCCUGCCCCGAUCUGCCAACACCGAUGACUCCUUUCCCUCCCUGCUGUGAAUCCACGCCUGCUGCCAGCAGACGCCUCGAUGCCGCCGCGGCGCUGUCUCGAUGCCACCGGACGCGCCACUACCUCCACGAUCUGCCCUGCCGUCGAGGCGGCUGGACGUGCGGCCGCUGGACACGCCACGCCCUCCGCAACGCCAGAAACACAAGUGGUCCUCACCGUCGAGCAGCCUGCUGUCCUCGCCGUCGUGCGCCGUGGCCAACAUCGCACGUCUCUUGUAUCUGCCUUGACAAAAGGUGUGUGCAUUACAGAAGGAUGCGGCGUCAUGGCGCCCUGCUGCCGCCAAUGCCACAAUGAUGCCAAGGUCUCAAAUGACCAAUACCACUGUGAUGGAUGUGCCAUAUGCAGGGUGUUGCUACAACAAUGUCAUGAAGGAUUCCCACUGCUCUGUCAAAAAAGCAAUGCAUCUCAACUGCCCUGUCUGCUUCGAGGGUAAGGAGCAUGAGAAGGCGGCCAAAGCUGAGGCAAGGGGCAACGAGCAAGAGGUGCCCGCGAAAAGGAAUGACGAUGUGGGUAACUUGACUUUUAUUACAUGAGCCCCAAUACUAACACAUAAAAUUAUUAUGCUUGAAGCAGGAUAUGCAAGUGUAGUUUUAACUGUGAUCAAGCCACAUUUCUGUUUUCAGCAUAUGAGGUGAGAACUGUAUAAGCAUUUUACGUGUUCGAGAAAAAAAUUGUAUGGGCAUUUUUAAACAAGAAGCAAAAUAGCAGAUUUGUUCUGUUCCUUAGGCUAUGUAUGGUGUGCAUGUGUAGCUAGGAGGGAGCAAACAACAAAGUACAUGAACUAAGGACUUGGCAAUUUGACCUGCUAUUUUAAGUCUUACUGAAGCUAUAAGCUGUUGUUAUAUCUACAACACUAAUGGGAUGAGAAACAGAAAGAUGAAUGAUGUCUUUAACAAUAAAGUAAUGCAUUUGAUUAAAAAAAUAGAUAGAGAAAAGCAGCCUACAUAGUAAGACCAUCCCUUAUUAAUGAUUUAGAGGCACUACUACCCGCAAGGAGCCCAUUUCCACCUCCGUGGCGGGCAGAGUUUUCGCCCGCCACGGUUAUUCAACCGCACGCGAAUACCCCCGGCCACAGGAACGCCCGCUGCAGUAAAUAAUUAACCGCAGCGGGCAAUAUAAAAAGCCCGCUGCGGUUAAUCGUAUUAACCGAAGCGGACAUCAUAACCCGCCCGCUACGGUUAAUGCAUUUACCGUAGCGGGCGUGUUACGAUGCCCGCUUCGGUUAACUGACAUUAACUGCAGCGGACGUUUUAUGAAGCCCGCUUCGGUAGUUCGUUGGCUAUAAAUAGCAGCCAGCCGACCCUCUUCUUCUUCCUCACGGCUGCUCUCUUCCAAAUCGUGGGGGGAGUGGUUUUGCUCUAAAAUUUGACCAAACAAUUGAAUUGUGGUUUAGAACUUUGAUUUGGUGGAGUAGAACAUCAUAAGAGGUACAUAGGAACUCCCUCCCCUCUUUCCCUCCUCUUUCUCUCACUUUUGAGCCUCCCUUUAUGUCUAUAUAUAUAGGUAGAUCUAGAUCUAGUUUCAUGGAGGAGAGAGAAAGCUGUCUUUUUUGUCUAGAUUCUUAAUGGAUGCAUAUGAAACCUUCUUUGUUCGAUGUGUAACGGUUCGCAGGCACGAGAUGGAUAGGUCGGAAUAGAUGUAUGGGAUGAAUUGGGUGCUUGACCCGCGGUACCUUGUCGAAGUGAGGAAGUUUGUUGCCGCAGCGAAAGCUCACCGUGAGAGAUCGAAGCGGACGACAACCAUAUGUCCAUGUUCUCACUGCAAGAACCUGACAGCCUUCACGAAUGAUGGUACGGUGCAGUCUCACUUGAUUCGGUUUGGUUUCAUGGAGGGUUACACAGUCUAGACUCAUCACGGUGAAAGAGUGGACCCCAGUGGCGAUGCAUCUGGUUUGAGCUCGACGUCGACGACCAUGAACCAAGAACCUAGAGCGCCCAUCUCAUCUCCAACGACUGCAGGGCCAACCUGUGGCAACAAUGACAGUGCUCGUGAUUACAUCACGGUGGAGGAUAUCGAGGUGAUCGAGGGUUUAGUUAGCCACAUCGAUGAAGAUGACGUUGUGUAUGGCUCCCCGAAGUGGUUGGAAAACUUCAGGGAGAUGAAGCAGGCUGCACUUGAUCCACUGUAUAAGGAUGGCGACAAUUGUCCAAAGGAGUGUACGGUGCUCCGGUUCAACCUCCACAUGUUGAUGAUGAAGGCCCGGCAUGGCUGGUCUGAUACUAGCUUCAAUGAGCUGUUAAGUUACCUUGCUACCACGUACCCGACGGGUAACAAGGUCCCCGCAAAUACCUACCGUGCGAAGAAGUUUAUUCGUCCAGUUGCGAUAAAACUUAAAAAAUUUGAUGCCUGCCCCAACCACUACAUCUUGUAUCGAGGCAAGGAGUAUGAGAAUAUGACGAGCUGUCCGCACUGCGGCGCCAGUCGCUACAAGAGGAAUGCUUGAUGUCGUGUGGACGAAGACGACGACGUGGCCUUGCGGGGUGGUCCGAAGAGGAAGAAUGGGGGCAAGAAUAGCAGUGCCACAGCCAAUCACAUCUCGUCUCAGCAGGAUGAGGAAGAAGAGGGUUACACGCGGAGGAAAAGUCUGGCACUAUCGUUGUGGUACGUACAUGCCUGUGACCGACCACUUGCGUGCACUAUUCGGGAACCCAGAGGAUGCCAAGCUCAUGUCCUGGCAUGCAUCAGCUGACCGCAAGAAGGAUGAUGGCAUGCUGUGGCACCCAUCCGAUGGCCAACGGUGGAAAGAUUUUGACAAGGCAUACCCGGAAUUCGGUAAGGAGCCUAGAACGUUCGGUUCGCGCUGAGUACUGAUGGGAUGAACCCUUUUGGUGAGCUUAGCAGCUCGCACAACACCUGUGAAAGGUCCUUGUUUGGUUUUGGUAAUUGAGUGACAACUUAGGUGGACUAAUAGUGUUUAUGUGAGAUACACAGGAGAUUAGUCCACAGGUGAUGAUGUGAUA